CCUAACCUCCAAGCGUUAUUUAUUCAGAAUCUCACGUGUCGUGUUGGAAAUUCAAUGUGAAUUAAAGAAAUUAAUCAAUGAUUUAUAUCAGUUAGAAAUAGCAAUAGUUAUAGUGUUAUUAUCAGUAGGUAUUGAUCAUUCAUAUCGUUUGUAUCGCAUCGUGUUGUUCAGUCUCUUUAUCUGUGAUGGAAGGCGCAAACAUCAAUGUAAUAACUAGUGUCAAAUGGGUACAGCGAGGAGUGGCCAAAGCUGACCCUUACAAAUUAAAACUCUCUACAGAUGAAAUUAAAGAAAUCAUUGAAGAAAACAUAAAGCAUAAAAAAGAUGCCAUCAAAAAAUUCAAGAGCAAAUCUGAAAAUUCGGAUGAAGACGAUGUCGAAGCUUGUAUGGAUGAUUACGACGAAGAAGAUGAUGCAGUCAUAGGUCUUGAUGAUAUUGCCACUGUCGGUGAAGAUUCAGCUACGACAUCAUCAUAUGCCCUAGAUUUAAAUGAUAAUUCCGACAGUGAAAAGGAGGAUGAAGUCAUCAGACCUGAUGAUAACUUAUUACUGGUCGGCCAUGUCGAUAAUGACUUUAACUCUCUAGAAGUCUGGGUUCACAAUGAAGAAAAUCAAGAUUUCUACAUCCACCAUGAUGUUUUGAUACCAUCAUUCCCAUUGUGCUUAGAGUGGCUAAAUCAUGAUGUCACCACAGGUACCGCUGGAAAUUUGUGUGCUGUUGGCGCAAUAGAUCCCAUCAUUACCGUUUGGGACAUAGACAUCAUGAACUGCCUUGAACCGGCUUUUAAAUUGGGGAAAGUGAAAAAAAAAUCUGGUGAGCGCAUUGGGCACUCGGAUGCCGUUUUGGACUUAGCGUGGAACACUGAAUAUGAGCAUAUUUUGGCAUCUGGAUCUGCCGACAAGUCUGUAAUACUCUGGGAUUUGGACUCCUUGAAACCUUCCACCUGUAUGCUAGAGGCAGGGAAGCGAGUUGAGUCGGUGGAAUGGAAGCCUGAUGACCCUCAUUCUUUGUUGGUUGGCUCCAGGGAUCGGUGUGCCCGUCUCUAUGAUUGUCGAACUGAAGGAGUCAUCACACCUUUUAAUGUGAAAGGUAAGGUUGAAAAAGUUUGCUGGAACCCAAAGAACACCUCGCUCUUUUACAUUGGGACAGAAAAUGGAAAACUUUAUGGCUUUGAUAUACGAAGUAGUGAACGAAUGUGGCAUUUAAAAGCUCAUGAUGAAGAUAUCACUGGCCUCCUUGCUCACAAGUCUUAUAGUGAAACUCUAAUCUCUUGCUCCAUGGAUGGUAGCAUCAAGUAUUGGGACGACAAAGGUCCUCCUGAAAUGACCUAUUCCCGUGAUCCAAUAGUUGGUAAGAUACAGUGCUUGGCUUUCAAUCCAGAUAACCCAGAUUUCAUUGCUGUCGGGGGAACUAACAAAAGCCACAACCUCAGGGUUUUAAAUGUGAAACCACUGCCAAAGGUAAUAAUUGAAAAUGAUCUCCAGCCCUCAAAAGAAAUUCCACGAACUAGCUCAGAAUCAAAGAGUCGCUCAGAAUCGAGAGGUCGACCCAAUUUCAAAAGCCGCCCAGACUUCAAAAAUCGGUCAAAAUUUAGAAAAAAUUCUGCCUCCAACCAGAGGUCCAGCAAGGACAGACAAGGAUUUAAAGGUAAAAAAGGUUUUAGAAAUAAAAACAAUGCAAAAAGUUAAAAAGAAAACUUUUAAAAUUUGAGAAAGCAUUUUCAUGAAAGUUCAUCUUUGUAAUGAAGGCAUCGUUCCAACACUAUUAAUGUAAAUUGAGGAAUUAAGUUCAUCACAAUGCAUCUCUUGUGGCAUUAUUUUUCCCACUAUUUCAUUGUUACCUGGCAGUUUUUGGAUUUAUUUUAGGGGUAGCCGAUUAUUAAGAUGGUGUUUUUGUUAAUCAGACGCAGUAAUACCAAGUUGAAAUGAAAUAUUGUCAGUCAGUUUAACCUCACAAUUUCUGUAUUGCUUUUUUAUCGAGAGGACAAGCUUUUAAGUACCUCCUCUGUACGGACAAAAAAUGUAAAUGGUCCAAUAAAUACUGGACUUAACCUCAUUUCAGCUAGGGCUUGUUAUGUCCAAUUCUCGUUGACAAACUUUCAAUGACUGGUAUGGUGGUUACCCUUAUGUGAGACCGAGAGAACGUACUGAGAAACACUAUGGAAGUGACUAAGAGAAUUUCGAUCACCAAUUAAAGUUUUAAUACGGCCGUGUUUCCAAGGAAAAUUUCAUGGGCUUUGUCUGAGGGAAAAUCUCACCUGCUGAGUAGGGAAAAAUAUUGAGUUAGUCAGUACUAACCACAGCACCAAGUUGAGUCGUUGUGGAGUCCUAAGAGCGAUUCAAAGAGAAGAUAUUUUUUCGUUUUGCUUAACGAGGAAAAAACUCAGAAGUUUAAUUCCUACAAUUCGAACUUGGGACAAAUCCCAUGAAACGUCCCGCAGAUACAAGGCUUAGGGUUAGGAUUUUUUCUUUGAUUGAGGUUGCCUUGAUGCUAACUAGAGUCUCUUUAUACAUACCUUGAGUUGCGCAAUCUUGGGCCAUGAAUGUCACAAACGGACAGGAAGAUCUUUCAGUUGGUUACCUUUUCUGUAAUCUUUAGUCAACUUGUUUCAGAAUUCCUUUCCUGCAUUCUCUCUCUCAUUCGGUUUGUUUCCCAUCAUGCCCUUAGUUCCCUUGUUCAUUCUAGUUUGUUCUCUUUGCAACUAGUAAAAGAGUACUAUUUUUGCCCUUUUGUAACAUCCAUGAAGCCUAGAAAUGGGAGCCAAUCAGAAAUGGAUUCCAAAUUGCACUGCUCCUCUAAUUAAGGGAUCCCUAUUCAUUCUCAGAGACGAACAGUGUGGUGUGAAUCGUUGAUGAACGGAGAGAGAAAAUUAUGUUCGAAAGAUUAAAACGAACGAUAGUUCGUUGUACACAUUUCCUCAUUGAUUAGAUGGUCAAUGUUCCAUUUAACUUGGAUAGACACUUCCUCCUGAAUCUUAGUUUCAAUCUUAUUUGUGAUCAUUUCUUUUUCCAUCAUUACAUUCUGAAGAUCCACAUCCAUUGCUCAGUCAAAUCAGACACCUUUUUCAUAAGUUGUUCCAAGAGCUUGGAAACAGAUGAACAAACCGACGAAGAAAAAAUAUUUAGUACCAUCUUAGGGAGGAAUUGAAGUAUAUUUUAGAGCAAAAAACAGAAAUCAUAAAAUAAUUUUGAAAUCAAUAGCGAGGAAACAAAAUUAGAGGAAUAUUGUGGUAUAACAGAUAAUUGACAGAAAAUUAUCACUGAUGGCUGAAAAAUUAGUAGAUAAAGACUUGAAAAUUCAGAUACCGGUACUUGUUUGGGUUGACUGCAUGUCUCACCGGGGCGCUGUAUUGUUUGUUGGGAUGGUUUAAUGUACUGGAGGAAGAUAUUUGCUACUUUAAAAGCAUCGUAUCUGACAGAAGUGUUAAUCUUUUUAAUUUCUGCUAGAAAACCAACUGUUGGGAGGCAUUGAUUUUUUUCACUCAUGUAAAAAUUAAAAUUGUCCUAUAAGGGCUAGCUUAGACCAGCAAUCACUAAUUCUAUCAAGAAUCUCCCUUUGCUGGGUUCUUACAAAUCCUUUCCAAGACCUAGAUAUUAUAACCUCUCACAUGGAACAGAUUUACAGCGCCCAUCCUACGCACAAACUAGUAUUAAUUCCUUGAUUUCUUAGCCAUUUCCAUUUGAAAUUCCUUGAUUACCUAAAGAUUUGGUCCUUGAUGUGUUGCAAACACAUCGGUUACCUUCAUAGCUCGUCCGGCGGACGUUUGGAAGGCAACAGUCAACAAUUUCAUUGAUGAGCCUCUUGGAAGUCAUAAGUUUGUGCAAGGGACAGGAGUUUUAUUAAUCUUUACAAGAUGGUGAUCGAUUCUGUCUUAUUGGUUACCUAUACUGCUCUGCUAAGGAAUAACAGCGUCAAUGAAGAAA